UGUGGAGGAGUGGGGGGGCGUGUGUUCCUCUUGCACAAGCGCUCGUAUGUUGCUUAAACCUGACGUGGGUCGCAGCCGAGCGCUUAGAGCGACAGCGGCGUGUGUGCGCGCGAGAGUGUGUGCGUGUGUGUGACGGGGACAGAGUUGCGGCAGGGCAGAUCAGAAAGUGCCUGUAGCUAUUCUUUGGCCGGCUCGCGCAGUCCUCUUUGGACCGCCAGAGUCGCACGAGACUGGCGACACGCUCCGAAGCCAGUCGGCUGGCCGCGUGUGACCCGAGAAUCCCUCACUGAUGACCAGACUCGGGCUGCUCUGGCACGAAAGGUGGAACUAAACUACAUGAAUUGAUUUGAGAGCGAUGAACUGGCAGCAUGGCCAAGUGGUUCAAGGAGCACCUAGGAUUCAAAACUACCAAAACACCACCACCGGCUCCUCCGAAACCGGACUACAGACACUGUCACACCGGUGUGCCCGGUGCGCCUGGCUUCCAACAAACAAGCUCCGGGACCACCUUUCCGAGUCCCGCUCAGCCGGACAUCCUCGCUGCCUACAAACUACAAAAGGACCUGGAUUUCGAGGAUCCGUACACUCCAGGUGGAAAUAUCUCAUUCCCCCCGAGCUUGAACACUGUGGGGUCACCGGAUAUCAAGUAUGUGUCACCAAAGCACCGACUUAUCAAGGUGGAAACAAUCGAAAAGAGCAGCCCAGCUCCCGGCGGGGGUGUCACGGUCACCCAGGCUGUCCCCGUAGGGAGCGUUAAAUCUCCUACUUCACCUCCCUCGGACCUCGACAACAAGGAGAAGCUCAUUAUUCUUGAAGACUACGCGGACCCUUUUGAUGCCGAGCAGGCUGGCGGCACUCAGACCACCACAGAAAAAGUGACAACUGAGAACGAUGGUUACAUGGAGCCAUACGAAGCCCAGAAGAUGAUGGCAGAGAUCAGGUCUGGCGGGAGAGGUCCUAAGGACGGACCCGUGAGGCAGCUGCCCUUGUACGACACACCAUACGAGCCAGCUGAGAACGGUGGCGACUCAGACCCUGACCGAUUGCGCUGCCCCAGAGAAAGCAGACUGCCCCAGGAUGAUGAGCGACCCCCUGAGGAGUACGACCAGCCCUGGGAGUGGAAGAAGGAGAGGAUUUCCAAAGCCUUUGCAGUAGAGAUUAAAGUGAUCAAGGACCUACCAUGGCCCCCUCCUGUCGGCCAGCUCAACACCAGCCCUCCCCCAGUGGAGGAGCUUGAGUCUCCGUCCCAGACAGCUCAGCCCUCGCCAGGACAGACGAGCUGUGACCAGCACCACCAUGUCCAGUUUGAUGGUGUGGAGAAGUCUCGAAUGUCGCCCACCAAGGAGGGGAAAACUCGGCCGCUGCAGCGACAUUCCAGUGGCUGUCUGGUCAACACCAAAAUGACUUCACUGGACCACUGCAGCUCCUCUCUCGGGGAACGUAUCGAUCCCACAAUGCCGCUGGAAAGCCAGUUCUGGUACCAUGGAGCCAUCAGCCGAACAGAUGCAGAGUCUCUGCUUAGGCUCUGUAAGGAGGCCAGCUAUCUUGUGAGAAACAGCGAGACCAGCAAGAACGACUACUCCCUCUCUCUCAAGAGUAGCCAGGGCUUCAUGCACAUGAAGCUGUCACGGACCAAGGAGAACAAGUACAUCCUGGGCCAGAACAGCUGCCCUUUCGACAGCGUGCCUGAGAUCAUCCAUUUCUACUCCAGCCGCAAGCUGCCCAUCAAAGGUGCUGAACAUAUGUCCCUGCUCUACCCUGUAGCCAUCAGGACACUAUAGUGCUCCAGGUCUCUUGCAGGCAUCUGCUUUGCAGUACUUUGGGCCAACCUGUGGCUCGCUGUUUCCUGUCCCUCUGGAAAGAGCCCACUAGGCUCACGGGAAGAUGAACAGUGGCAUCCUAAACUGCUGAUCUUGACUCACCUCACUGGCCAACAGAUUCCAGACCUGUUUGAAGGCCCUCUGCUUACUAUCUCAUACAUACAGACUCAGAUUUGCAGAAGUUUUUUAUUAUUUUAUUUUAUGUUAUGUUAUGUUAUUUUAUUUAUGAUAGACAUCUGCUUAGUAGAUCAGACUGACUAUCUACAGAACAUCAUUUCACUGACUGUUGAGCUGAUUACCCAUAGCACUUAAGACGUAAAGAAAAAGAAAGGUACAACUUAACGUUUGUCACUGGGAUUUGCCUUUUAGCAUAAACUGUUGUACCCUGUGAGUACACAAAAUGACGAUUAUAUUUGAAAUGUUUGUUUGAGUGUCUCAUUCGGUUAGGCUCUGUUGCUACUGUAAUCAUAUUGCAAAGGGGAUUUGAAGAUUAUAAGACCUCUGUAAGGGAAGCAACAUUUAUGAUGCAUGUCGAACGAUAUUGUCCACGUGUGCCUCAUACAGUGGCCGGGAUAUUAAAUAAACUGGCUGUGUAUGAAUGGAGCGUCCCCAGCUGCGUGGAAACAACAAGCCUGUGAGCUGUGCAGACUGAUCUCUCCAUCUUGUCAUAGUGCAUGUUGUCUGCUAUCCAUCAUUGAGUGGGUGUAUCACACCAGUGACAAUGUAAGUACCGUGGUGUUGAGACAGGCAGGAGAGCAUGAUGGAUGGGUCAACCCAUCUGACACAGUACAUUUGGCUGAGGCUAAAGACCAGAGCCUGUCCAAAUGGACCAAAUUAUCCCCACUACCCCUGCUUAGAAUGGCUUUGCAUCGGGAGAAUGAAAUAUGCUUGUAUUGUCUACCUCAGAAAAUCAAUUUCAUUCGCCCAUGUGCAGAUCAAUAGGUACAAUGGGAUUGCAGACAUUGAUCUGCUCUCUCUUCGACAUUCCCAAUUCCCUUAAAGAAUGCAUCAUUAGUUUUAGGAAUAUGCUUUUUUUUUUUUUUUUUUUAAUACAAUUAAUCUGAGAUUCGUUUAAUGAAAACACAAGCAGUUUUUUGUUUUUUCAGAUCAGCAACUGUAUGUAUAGUGACUAUUAUAAUACUGUGCAACGUAAGAAAUGUUUGGUUAAUGCCUUAUAAAAUGCAUGGGUCAAAUCAGUCCGCUUAGAUCAGUCGAUUUCUAAUUCUGCUUUUAACAAUUGUUCUGUGACUGUAAUUUAUUCUGGGGUGAUUAUUACUGAUGUGUUACUCCUUUGUGAUUGGCCCGUUCCCCCCCACCCCUACCCUCAUCGUUCUGUGCCAACGUGAUCGUGUUUUAUGGGACUACUCCAGCCUCUUUUGCUGUGGUGCUUCAGCAUUUUUGUUGUUUCCAGUUCUGCUAAGUGCAAGUUUGCCUCGGUGGCCUCACUCUGGGACACAAGUCACCGCGUCUCCUGUCCGACAGGAUUGUCAAACCUCGUGUGAGAGACGAUUGCGUACCCGUCCGCACACACAUCGAUUACAGUCCAGCGUGUCCAAACCGGAUAAUCACCUACCUUCAACCUGUCAUGCUUCCACUUUUCAUUAAAAUCUCCAGAUGUCUAUACUAGGUGUAAGCGUGAGUAUGCAUGUGUCCAACAGGUCUGUGUUUGCAGUAUUUGUAUGCACAUGAGAAUGUGUGCACACACUCAGAAUUGCAGUCGUUUUCUUCUUAUUAUUAUUUUUUUAACCCCGCUGGCCCCUGGUGACAGGUACAGCUCAAACCUCUUAGAUUGUCACCUCUACCCCCCCACCUAUGGCUGACUUUUUUCUUUUUUUUUUAUUUGUUUGUUGUUGUUUUUACCCCCUUUCUUCCUGUAUUCUUUCAUUAAGCUGAUUGGAUUUUAACAACUCAAAGUAAUGACAUGCUUGCUUCUAAUGUUACUGGCAAAUUAUAAGCCGAAGAAGCCGGUUUUCCAACAGUAGUCGCACCGCGAAGUGAUUUUAAUAAGGCUGCCUGAUGCAUGUGUGACCAAACUUCUUCUUCAUUGGUGAACUUUAACACUUUUUAUGAGCUGAAAAACCCAUUGGUUUAAUGAGCAAUUAGAAAAAAAAGUUGGGGGGGGAGAGGCUUUAGUCCUACCUAAAAGUUACAGACACUAAGAGUUAGAAACUGACUUAUGUGAGCAUGACCACUCUGUAUAAAGCCAAAUUAACUUUUGGCUUUAAUACUAUCUCUGCUGUGUGCUAUGCAACUAUAAACUACAGUCAUUGAAGGGAAAAUGUCAGGUGUGUGCCUCCUACAAAUGUUAAUGACAAAUGUGAUGGUACAAGAUGUCUGCCAGGAAGAAAUUUAAUCACUAGAGUGGCAUUAGUAAAAAAUAAACUGCAGAAUGUGGUAUGUAUUUAGAGGUAUAUUUUGCUGGUGCAUUAAGUGAAGAGACAGGUGCUGUUAUCGCAUGAGGGUGUCUUAUCAUGGCACUGCAGCUUUAUCGAGGAAUAGUGCAUUGUUGAAGUGGACCUAUGUGCUUCUCGAGAGAAGAUAUCCAAAUAGGAAAUGCAAAUUUAAAAUUAACCGUGUGUGUGUUGAAUUCUUUAUGUUGCGAAUGUUCACUACUUAAGAGAUCAAAUGUUGAAAGUAGCUCUUUAUUAAGUUACUGCUGCUGAUGAGUGUUACCCUACUAUAGGAAAGAUCCUGCGUAUGAUGGCAGCACUGUCUAGAGAGAGGCCUUAGCUUUGGAGAGUAAGAAGAUGGAAAGAUGUAGAAGAAGAAUAAAGGAGACAGAGGAGAGGGUGUUCUUGAAAAAAGGGUGAUGCAGUCAGCAGACGCUCUCUUUACGUUUGUGUAUCUAUUUAUGAGAACCUGAAAGAACCCUUCUCCUCCCUCGGAAGUGUCUUAAAGCUUGUGUGUGUUGGUGUACGUACACACACAAUGUGCAUGCUUGAAGCAGUGUUUGUUGAAUGAGUGAGUGUGUGUGCGCGCGCAUGUGUGUGCACUGGUGUAAGCAGCCAUCAGCCACAGACUUGCCCUGAGACUUGACUGUGGUAAAGUGGAAACUUUGAGUUUUCUUUGUGUACAUUUUCGUGCCAUGUAUGUAUGCACUACUUCAACAUAUCUCUGUACAGUCCCUCAUGGCCAAAUGUAUAUAUUGAAUGUAUUGUAUGGGGACAUAGAGGCAUCAAGGUUCAAAAUAAAUACAAAAUAAAUACAUUUCAAAAAUAAA